UGUCUCUUCUUCAGUUUCAAAUAUUUUCACGGAAGAAGGAAGCAUGAUUCGAGAAAGGAACAAGCGUCGUUCGGUGACGUCGCGUACGAAACGGAGUAUUAUUACAGACAGAACAAGAAAUUACUAAGGGACGUCAAGCGGAAGACUCGGGACGAAGUGAAGAACAUGCAGCGGGAGGUACAGGCGAUGCGGAGCAAGAUCGAGGAAUACAAUCGCGGCAUAAGCGAGAAUCUGAGAUUUUUGAAGGACCUAGAACGGGACUCGUCCGCCGACGAUGAGAAGAAUUAG